AGUUUCUGGGCAGCUUCUGUCCCAGCCACAUCUUUAGCUCCCUUGGUUCCUGACCUGGUGUUCAGCUUGCCCUGGAUUUCAGCCUUUGAAUUGCCCCGGAAACCUGUUUCUUGACUCCUCACCCCAACUUGGCUUACUCUUGGACUUCGCCCUGUGGACUGUCCUUCAGACUUGGUAACUAAGUUUCUGAUUCCCAUCUCCUGACCCUGGCUUGGCAUUUUGGCUCCUGAUGGCUUUUGACCCUUAACCCUGCAGCCCCCAGCUCCACACAGCUCUCCCUGCUAGUUUGGCUGGCCUGGUGGAUCAUGACAAUUUCUACUUAGCAAAGUGCAUAAAGCUGAAUUAUUAUAAAAUACCUGAGGAUAUUUUUUACUUUGAUUUCUUACCUUUUGCUAAAACAUAGUGACAUAAGGACCUGUUAAAAGCUGGCAGUCUUGGUUUCAACACUGAGUGAAUAGAUGUUCAUUUUGUGGAAUAAAGAUUAAGCUGGCUGUGUGCCGGUCCUGUAUAAUGGUAGCUUCUUGCCCUAACUAGAUAGCAGAGAAGGAGCAGCAUCUCUUGGGAGAAAUGGAGAAGCAAUGGUGGUGAGCUAAGCAGGGUGCAGAUUGUAAUUAUGCGAAAUCAAGUUGGGGAAAAAGGCUCAUGAUGAACUUUGCUUUAGGAAGUGGGCUUCUAGUCUACCCAAUGUUCAAACUUAAUUAUAGGGCAGGUUUGUGAAGGACAUCUGGUUUCAGGAGUUUUCUCUCAAACUUCUACCGACAUUAGAAACUUCUUACACAAAGUUGGACCAUCCCCACCUGCAUCGUCCCAGCCAAGGCUUUGUCCAAAUGGGUCUUGACCUCCAUGACUGGAGAUAAUAAUGGGAGACCAUCGUUAUCGACUGCGAGGGAUUGUCAAAGAAGAGGAAAAACUUCCAAGGCUGGAGAUUUCUGCAACCUCUCUGGCAGUUUCUCUGGGGAAUAAAAUGGUGAGCGAAAGUCAUCAUGAGGCCCUGGCAGCACCGCCAGCCACCACCAUCGCAACUCCACUUCCAAAUAAUGGCACCGAAUCAGCCAGUCCUGGAGGUACGGGUGGAAAAGAAGAUACAUUUUCAAAUUUAAAGAAGUUUAUGAAUGAACUCAACAAAAUUCCACUGCCACCUUGGGCCUUAAUAGCCAUAGCCAUAGUUGCAGUCCUAUUAAUCCUUACCUGCUGCUUUUGUCUCUGUAAGAAGUGCUUGUUCAAAAAGAAGAACAAGAAGAAGGGAAAGGAAAAGGGAGGGAAGAAUGCUAUUAACAUGAAAGAUGUUAAAGAUUUAGGGAAGACCAUGAAAGACCAGGCUCUCAAGGAUGAUGAUGCUGAGACUGGACUGACUGAUGGGGAAGAUAAAGAAGAACCCAAAGAAGUGGAGAAACUGGGGAAAAUCCAAUAUUCUUUGGAUUAUGACUUCCAGAACAAUCAGCUUCUGGUAGGGAUUAUUCAAGCAGCUGAGCUGCCCGCAUUAGAUAUGGGUGGUACAUCUGAUCCAUACGUGAAAGUUUUCCUGCUGCCUGAUAAGAAGAAGAAAUAUGAAACUAAAGUCCACAGAAAGACCCUUAACCCUGUCUUCAAUGAGCAAUUUACAUUCAAGGUGCCAUACUCUGAACUGGGUGGAAAAACCUUAGUGAUGGCAGUAUAUGACUUUGAUCGCUUCUCCAAACAUGAUAUUAUUGGGGAAUAUAAGGUUGCUAUGAACACAGUGGACUUUGGUCAUGUGACUGAGGAGUGGCGAGAUUUGCAAAGUGCUGAGAAGGAAGAGCAAGAGAAGUUGGGUGAUAUCUGUUUCUCUCUUCGCUAUGUGCCUACUGCUGGCAAGCUGACUGUCGUCAUUCUAGAAGCGAAGAAUCUGAAAAAGAUGGACGUUGGUGGCUUAUCAGAUCCCUAUGUGAAAAUCCAUCUGAUGCAGAAUGGUAAGAGGCUGAAGAAGAAGAAGACAACAAUUAAGAAGAACACUCUGAAUCCCUACUACAAUGAGUCUUUCAGCUUUGAAGUACCAUUCGAACAAAUCCAGAAAGUGCAAAUUGUUGUGACUGUUUUGGACUAUGACAAGAUUGGCAAGAAUGAUGCCAUCGGCAAAGUCUUUGUGGGCUACAACAGCACUGGUGCGGAGCUGCGACAUUGGUCAGACAUGCUGGCCAACCCGAGGCGACCCAUUGCACAGUGGCAUACCUUACAGCCUGAGGAAGAGGUAGAUGCCAUGCUUGCAGUCAAGAAGUAAAUAAAAUUUUAAAAAAAGAAAAGAAAAAGAGAAGAAGCCUUCUGCAUUUGCCCACAUAGUGCUCUUUAGCCAGUAUCUGUAAAUACCUCAGUAAUAUGGGUCCUUUCAUUUCCAGCCAUGCGUCCCUAACACAGAUCAGUGGUACUUACAAUCCUGUUUUAAUUUGCACAACUUUAAAUGUAGAGAGCCCUCUAAACGCUCUUCAUCUCACCACUGCCCCCCAGAUCUACUCUUCUUUUAAGCAAUAUGAUGUGUAGAUAGAGCAUGACAGAAAUUAUUUAUUGUAUCACACAGUUGUAUAUAUACCAGUACGCUGAGAAUUUAUUUCUAGUUUGUGUAUUUGUAUGUUGUAAGCAUUUCCUAAUUUGUGUAUAUCUAGAUGUUUUUAAUAAGAUGUUCUAUUUUAAAUUAUGUAAAUUGACUGAGAUAUAGGAGAGCUGAUACUAUAUUAUAGGGUAACUAUUGUAUCGUCUGCAUUCCAGAAAAAAUUCCAACUUGUAAGGCACUAGUAGUGUUACACUGACAUCUUAAAGGACAACUUAAAUCUGAGCUUUCAACUGAACCAUUAAAAUAACAAGAUAAUGCUUACACGGUACACCUUCAAGGGGUGAAUCCAAUUUUGUAGACUUCUUUCACAGGCAACUUAGCAUGAUCUGAGCAGCUCCAUGGCUGACCUCAAGGAAACGUAGCCAGAAGCCAGUAUAUCAUUUUUUUUUCUGUAUAUAUUUAAAAAAAAAACAAAACUGAAAUGGCUUUACACUGACAGUUGAGGAAGCAGUUCCAUGGAAGGUAAUUUUACAUAACAUGCAGAACAACAGCAACACUGGGAAGGUUGUGCUGGGGGUGGGGGGAAUUCAGCAGUGGUGAAAUGCUGCAACCAACCAUUAAAAAAAAAAAAAAGAAAGUAGCUCUCCGUUAUCACCUUUAUACAAAAUUUGCAUACUGUGAAUUCCACUUGUGAUUUCACAUUAUAAUGAGUUUGCACAUUAGACUUUGUAACAAAAUAUUUUAUUAUACUAACUCAGAUUAGAAGGAAUGCAGAAUAUUUUUUAAACACAGCCGUGUGCGUUUAUUAUACAAAAUAGUUUCAUGGUGAACAGACAGUAUUGUAAUCCCAUCAAAAGAAAAACAAAAUUUAGCCAUAGUUCUGAAUGCACUUCAAAAGUAAGCCAAAAGAGAACAGCUAGUGACCUUUUAUAUACUAUUUAUACUUAAUAAGUUUUAAUUUGUCCUUUAAAAAAAAGUGAAAAACAAACAAAGAACAAGUUCUAGAAACUGAAGCAACCUCUUAUGUAUACUAGAUGCUCGUUUCAGGAGGAGUUUUUAAAUGUUUUCAAUGUUAUUACGUAGUAAAUGGCACUAUUAUAAAGCUAUUAGUCAUUCCAUAAGAGUCUUGAAAGACUGCUCUGUGUAUCACUGUGACUGCCGUGUGUGCUUAGAAACGUAGUUUUCUCAGUGAAUAGCAAUCAAUUUAUUCCGUAGUGAUAUUGUAAUAAAUACUGCCAUUCCCUUCUACUGCACUGCCGAAGGAAUGCAUAGCACAAGCAGUUCUAGUUACUAUGGACCAAUGUGGAACUGGAGAGCUAUGCACAGGACAAGGAUGUUAUAUAGCCUGGGUUGACCACACAGCAUUUUGUCGCGCACUGUGCAAUAUUCUACAUCUACCCCUGCCCCUUUACUGUAAAUGGUUGUCUUAUGACUAGACAGCAUAUCAUCUCAGCUUAUAGCAUUCCAUCUUGUCAUUUCGGGCAUUACUUUUUAUCUCGGGUCUCAUCCUUUGAGGCCCUAUUUAUUUUACAGACUGUGAAUAUAUCUAUAAUGCUUUGAAAGCUUAGUUCUUUUCAGCAUCACCAAACACCAAAAAUAUGUGGGGAAAACUGUAUCUUUGGAGGCAGGAGUGAGACUAUCAUUUUGGGUUAUAGGUUGUUUGUUUGUUUUUUUUAAAAGGGAUACGAGAGAGAUUGUAGAAAGCAAGGAUGUCACUAAAGGAUUCUGUACUGAAGAAUAAAUUUCCCAACCCCCCUCAACAGUUCAGCUUCUGAGGGAUGAAGGAUCCUUCAAAACCAGGACUAGCCAUGCCCAUGAUUCUUUUCUUUUUGCAUGAAACAAACAUGGGAAAGACACAAGUGAGGCAUAUUACAAGAUAAACAGGAGUGUACUUACAGAGCAUCAAGCUGGAAUAUUUUUAAUCUUAACCUUAUAGGACCAAAUCCCACCAAAGAGAGGAAUUAGAUUGAUUGAUUUCCAGCCUAAGAACAGAUAUUCAGCUUCACGGUAUGCAACUUUUAAGUUGUUCAUUAAGAAAUUUGCAGGUUCAAACUGCCAGAACCGAUUCAUUGUGUUAAGGUAUUCUUAAUGCAUUCUCUUCCUACACUGCCAGACUGAAUGUCACCAUAGAAUUGGUUUAUAAUGUACUAUGAUUCUCAGAGACUGAACCUGCUAUAUGACCAAGAUGACAUUUUCAUCCUCAAAGGAGCCACAUGUACCUUUCUGACAAAGCUGUGUAAAGUAUUAGAAUCUGAUGCUGUAGAAAGAUCCUAGUUGCCUUUGUGUAUAUUUACUGCCUGCUUGUGUGUUUCUCUGUGUGGGUUUUCUCUGUAUCUUGUAGAAAUGUUUGGGGUGUUUUAUCCUGCCAUAUUGCUCGUGGCCCGCGAGCUGACAACUUUAGCUGUAUAUGACCUUCAUUUUUGAUGAGGUGGUUUCUAUUUUGUUUCACUUUGUGUAGUGAAUCCCACGGUAGAGGUUUUCCAAUUGUUGUUAAAAUAACAUACAUAUUACACCGAUAUUCAAUAAAAAUGUUUUAUUUCCUGUUGA